AUGGAGUUUUCCACAAUUUCAGGCAACAUCAGCAGUGGCAAAGGAAGCUGGCAGUCAUUUCAGUCUAGCAGGGUGUCCCUGAGCGGGGAUCUGCGCCCUGGAGGUGAGGGUGCCCUCCAGGAUCACGGCCCUCCCUUCUCCUCCCCAGGAGAGGCCCCUGCCUGGCCCGAGGGGCAGAAGAGCCGAGAGGAAGCCAUGGCCCCCCAGGAAUCAGUGACAUUUGAGGAUGUGGCUGUAGACUUCACCUGGGAGGAAUGGGGCUACCUGGACACUUCCCAGAAGGAGCUUUACCGGGAGGUGAUGCUGGAGAACUACAGGAAUCUGGUUGGCCUGGGCUUUGUGGUUGCCAGGCCAGAUGUGAUCUCUCAGUUGGUGCAAGGGGAAGCAGCUUGGAUACCUGAGGGUCAUUUUCCAAGAAGCAGCCGUCCAGAUUCAGACACUAGGCUUCAAAUCAAAGAGUCAGCUCCAGAGCUUGGCCUUACUGUGGAAGAAUCAUCCAAAAAAAGACUCUUAAGGGAUGCUUCUUGGAUCUUGAUUUUGGGGGGAGGCUGGGAUUGUUAUACAAGGUUAAAUGAGGAGCAGAGCAAGGAGGAUAGACAUUUAAGACAAAUAAAAACCACUAAAAGGAAAUCCUCCAAUGAAGUGAGUGUCCAUGAAUAUAAAAAUGGCAAGAUCUCUAUUCUACAGCCACAGAAGCAAUUUUUUAUAGGAAAGAAUCUUCUUCAUAAGUAUAAUAGACAGAGAAAGAACUUCAGAAAAUAUUCAGAUGUAAAACAAUAUAGAACUUGUUUAAAGAAAAUAUUUUCUAAUGACCAUAAAUGUCAGAAAUCCUUUAGCUAUAAUUUUGACUGUAUUGAAAAGCAUAAAGUACAUACUGGAAAGAAGUUUUCUAAUUGUAAUGAAUGUGGGAAGACUUUCCAUGAGGACACCGAAUUUACUCUGCACCAGAGAGUUCACAGAGGAGAAAAGAUUUAUGAAUGCACGGAAUGCAGAAAAGCCUUCCAAAAGAAUUCAUAUCUUAGGAAACAUCAGAAAAUCCAUAGUGGAGAGAAACCUUAUAAAUGCAAUGUAUGUGGGAAGGCCUUUCACUGGAGGUCACAGCUUACUGAACAUCAAAGAAUUCAUACUGGUGAGAAACCUUUUGUAUGUAAUGAAUGUGGGAAGGCCUUUCUAAGGGGCUAUGAAAUUAUUCGACACCAGAGAAUACAUAUUGGAGAAAAAUCUCAUGAAUGUAAUGAAUGUGGGAAGAUCUUUCGCCGGACUUUAUGUUUUCAAAAACAUCAGAGACUUCAUACUGGAGAGAAAGCAUAUAAAUGCAAUGAGUGUGGGAAGGCCUUCCACUGUAAUUCACACCUUACUGAGCAUCAGAGAACUCAUUCUAGAGACAAACCUCAUAUAUGCAAUGAAUGUGGGAAGGCUUUCCUCCGGGCCACUGGCCUUACUCGACACCAGAGAAAACAUGUUGGGAGAAAACCUUUUGAAUGCAGUGAUUGUGGAAAGGCCUUCCAGCAGAAUUCAUACCUUCGAAGACAUCAGAGAAUUCAUUCAGGAGAGAAACCUUAUGAAUGUAAUGAAUGUGGGAAGGCCUUUCUCCGGUCCACUGGACUUACUCGACACCAGAGAACACAUACUGGAGGAAAACCUUAUGAAUGCAAUGAAUGUGGGAAAGCUUUCCGCCAAAAUUCAUACCUUAUAGUUCAUCAGAGAAUUCAUACUGGAGAGAAACCUUAUGAAUGUGCUGAAUGUGGGAAGGCCUUUGUCCGGAGCACUAAUCUUAGUCAGCACCAGAGGACACAUACUGGAGAAAAACCUUACAAGUGCAAUGAAUGUGGUAAGGCCUUCCGCUGUAAAUCACACCUUAUUGACCAUCAGAGAAUCCAUACUAGAGAGAAACCUUAUGUGUGCAACGAAUGUGGCAGGGCCUUUGUCUGCAGUUCUAAUCUUAGUCACCACCAGAGAAUUCAUACUGGAGAGAAACCGUAUGAAUGUAAUGAAUGUGGGAAGGCCUUCUGUAAGAGAGCAGAUCUUACUCAGCACCAGAGAACACAUACUGGAGAGAAACCUUAUGAAUGCAAGGAAUGCAGGAAGACUUUCAGCCAGAAUUCAUACCUUAGAAGACAUCAGAGAAUUCAUACUGGAGAGAAACUUUAUGCAUGUAAUGAAUGUGGAAAGACUUUCCUAUGGUCUCCUGAACUUAUUCAACACCAGAGAAUACAUACUGGAGAGAAACUUUAUGAAUUCAGUUAAGAUGGAAAGACCUUCAUUCAAAAGACAAUACUUGUUCCACAUCAUAGAAUUCAUACUUGAUAGAAACUUUAUGUAUGUAAUGAAUAUGAGAAGAUAUUUGUCCAGAUCACUAAUCUUAGCACCAUAGAAUUCAUACUUGAGAAAAAUGUAUGUUGAAAGCCUUGUGUCAGAGGGCAGCUUUUUCUCAUUACUAUGGAAUUCAUACUGGAGAGACCUUGUGAGUGUUUUUAAUGUAGGAAUGCCUUUGGUCAGAAAACAGAUCCAACUAUAUACGUCAUAGGAUUCAUACUGAAAAAGAACCUUAUAAAUGCAAUGAAUGUGAGAAGGCCUUUUGCUAUAACUCACCUUAUUCAACAUCAAAAUAUUCAUACAGAACAGAAAACUAUGCAUAUAGAAAGAUUGUUUUCUUGAGAAAAUCUAUUAACUGACACCAGCAAAUUCAUGCAAAGGAGAAAACUGGUUAAUAAAAGGUUGUUAAAAGGUAUUUUUCUCAGAGCACAGAGGUUUUUCAACUUUAGAAGAUUCAGGGGGUAGAGCCAAGGUAAUGGAGUAACAGGAAGCAGUACAGGCUGGCUUACCCACUCAGCCUCCACAAUGAACUAAAAAUGCACCAGACCAAAUUCUCAUUUUAUAAACAUACAAGAAAAAGUUAUAAUGAGUCAUUUUUUCCAUUCAGGGAGGCUUAGGGAAACAGUAUUGGCUGAGUUGAAGCUAAUGUCUCCAUGAGACAUCAAGAAAUAGUAAAAUAUGAAAAGACUGAAAAGAUAUGAAAAAAUGUGAGGUAUCUUAUAACAAAAAUAAGUGGCCUGGAAAUCACCCACAAUUAUUGGACUACCUACAAACAAUGACUAAAAAAGCCUAGAUACCAUAUAUCAGAAAAUCUUAAAAGUACCCACAUCUCUUAGAAUCAGAGGACAAAAUGGAAAUAGAAUCCACUGGUCCCCUACUGAAAGAAGACCCAAAAUGAAAACUCCUAGAAAUAUUGUAGCCAAAUCCAGAGCUCCUAGGUUUAAAAAAAAAAAUUGCACACAUCCACAAAGAAAUAAUUCAGGUACCAUAGAACCACAGUCAGGAUCAUACUUUAGCAGCCACCAGGAAGAACAUGGACUAUGAUAUUCCAGAGCUUACAGCCAAGAAUUACCCUGUAUCUGAGUAUAAAAUCUGAUCUGCAAAUGCAGAAGUGAAGAGAAGAAUAAAAAAUAGACAUGGACUGUGUAAUCAUAAUGAACUAAAGUUAGGCUAUUUACAUUUGGAGAGAUGACACAUGUAACCCCAAAGAGGGAGUCUAAUUUGAUUGAGGGUCUGUGAGUGUUUCUGUUAGAUUUUGUUGAUCUCAGAAUGGAAAGGGUAGGGAAGAGGAAUACAGUGGGAGAGGUGAGAAAAGGAGAGGAAGAAUGCACUACUCAGACUUCUCUGACUUCUCUACCAUGGUCCAGGAAGCUCAUUACUGGGGAAACAUUCUGCAAAAUUCCAUCAUCCUUAGUACUCCUCAUCAUCAUUUCCCUCUGCUGCUCUUGUUUGUGGAGUGGACUCAUGAACUCCAAAAUCCCAUUUAAGGUGGGAGCUCAGCUCAGAUAUCUCAUUUCUUACCCAUUUGUACUACUUUGGAACUUCAUCAUGUUGCCAAGUUGGGUAUCUUUUCCCCUAUCCCCCCUCCUUGCUUUUUAGCUUCUGUUUUUUUGUU